GGCAGGUCGAUUUGAAGGCGCACGUGUAAAUGAAUUUCGCUCGUAAAUAACGUUAAUAUUUUGUUAAAAAUGGGCAAGAAGUCAGGUGAUGAAAUUCCCGGAUUUCCGUCUCUGGACCAGGAUAAUAAACGUGGCGAUGAUAUUCUGAAGACGAGACCAAAAUCAAAAAAGAGCGGUGGCUUUCAGUCCAUGGGACUGGGCUUCGAUUUGAUAAAAGGCAUUACAAAACGUGGCUACAAAGUGCCCACACCUAUUCAGAGGAAUACCAUACCAUUGAUAUUGGAGGGACGCGAUGUGGUGGCUAUGGCCAAGACAGGUUCCGGCAAGACGGCUUGUUUCUUGAUACCAAUGUUUGAGAAGCUGCAGAGACGUGAACCGACAAAGGGUGCGCGUGCGUUGAUACUGUCGCCCACGCGUGAGCUGGCAGUGCAAACAUAUAAGUUUAUAAAGGACCUGGGACGCUUUAUGGAACUGAAGACUAUAUUGGUGCUGGGUGGAGACUCAAUGGACUCACAGUUUUCGGCUAUACACACAUGUCCAGAUAUUAUAGUGGCCACACCAGGUCGUUUUCUGCAUUUGUGCGUGGAAAUGGAUCUGAAGCUGAACUCCAUAGAAUAUGUGGUAUUUGAUGAGGCGGAUCGUCUGUUUGAAAUGGGUUUUGGUGAACAGCUUAAUGAGACACUACAUCGUUUGCCCUCCUCACGCCAAAUGGUCAUGUUUUCGGCUACAUUGCCCAAGCUCUUGGUAGAAUUUGCACGCGCCGGCUUAAAUGAUCCCGUGCUUAUACGUCUGGAUGUGGAAUCCAAGCUGCCUGAUGCUUUGGCAUUAAAGUUUCUAUACUGUCGCCCAGAUGAACGCUACACAUCUUUGGUAGUUCUGCUGAAAUAUGUUAUACCCAAGGAUGCACAGACUGUGGUUUUUGCGGGCACACAGCAUCAUGUGGAGCUCAUAUCAUUUAUCUUAACUGAAGCUGGCAUCUCCAAUACAUCGGUCUACUCCAGUUUGGAUCCUUCAGCGCGUAAAAUCAACACAGCCAAGUUUGCCUGCAAGAAAGUUUCCGCUUUAAUAGUCACAGAUGUAGCAGCUCGUGGUAUAGACAUACCCAGUCUGGAUUAUGUGGUUAAUCUACAUUUUCCAGGCAUGCCCAAGCUGUUUGUGCAUCGCGUGGGUCGCUGUGCUCGUGCCGGACGCACAGGCACAGCCUAUUCCAUAUUCUCUACAGACGACACCUCGCAUUUGCUGGAUCUGCAUUUGUUUCUCAAUCGUCCGUUUAAUAUAAAUGAUAAUACUGCAAUUGGUACUGUACCACAAGAUUUGAUGGAGGAGGAACACUUGAGUAUCACAGAUAUAAAGAAAAGUCAUCAUAUUGCGGGCGUUUUGCGCACCAGCGAGAAUGCUUAUAAGAAGUAUCUAAGCUCACGUCCUGUUGCUUCCACUGAUGCCAAUGCGCGUGCUAAGAAAAUUAAGUUCUUUGCGCUGAAAACGCUGGAGGAUUUCUUUCAUGCAGUGCCCGUGCUGGAACAGGCUGCCAAGAUAAGUGGACAACAGCUUAAUGCGAAAUCCGAAGCUGCUGUUGCUGAAGCAGAGCGUAAAUUGGAGGACGAGAAACAUGAUAUAUUGGUGAAAAUGCGCAAUUUCCGUCCUGGUGGAACCAUCUUUGAGCUGAAUACCACACAGAAAUCCGUGCCUUUUGUGGUGAUGAAGGAGAAGCGCUCACAGCAUGCUGAGGUUAUUGAAAAGUUUCGCAUGCAACGCGAAAAAGAGGAAAACACUGAAGCCCAAAAGGAAGUGGAAUCUAAGCAGACCAAGAAUAUUACCAACGCUGAUGAUGAUGCCAUUAGCAGUGCCUUUGCUAAAGUUGUAGCGCCCAAGAAGCGUCAAAAUAUGGACUCGCUAUAUGCAGACAAAAAGAAAAAGAAACGCAAGGUGCAAACAAAGGAUGAGGAGAACUAUGUGCCGUAUCAGUCAGCAGAUAAGGCUACAGAGGAUGGCUUGGCUAUCAAUAACUUUGAGCGUCAAGCACGAAAUGCGGAGUUCUCUGUAACAGAUCGCAACAACCAAGAGGUUAAGCACAAGCCAGGCAUGAAGAAAUGGGAUCGCAUAAAGAAGAAAAUGGUGGCUGUGCAGGAUCCGCGUGCCAAUAAAAUACGCACAGAGUCGGGCGCUUGGAUACCCGCCAGCUUUAAGACUGGACGCUACAACACAUGGAAGGAGAAGUCCAAGAUUGAGGAUCAGCUGCAGCGCGAGAACGCCGACAGCGAUGAUGACAAUUUCAAGCCGCUGUCGCAUGCGCAACGUUAUCCUGUGGGUCGCCAUGCACGGUAUAAUGCCAAGCUGGAGCUUAAGAAGCGCAUUAGCGGCAACGACAAGGAAAUGCGCAAACCAGAACAAAUUGUCAAGUCGCGCAUGCGUCUGGAGAAUAUCAAGAAGCGACAGGAGGAUAAUAUUACUAAAAAGGCAGAGAAUCGUAAGCGUAGCACACGCAAGAGCCAAAGACCAGCACCACAAAAGAGAGGAGCAGCUGGUGGUGGUAGAGGAGGAGGAGGCGGUGGUAGAGGCGGCAUGAGAAAGCGCAAAUAGUUGACAUAAAGGUAAUGGUUACUUUUAUUAAACUUAACUAAAUGCUGUAUAUGA